GACUCAUAGUCGUGGGAGUGGAUACUGUAGUCAACAAGGCGAUCAAGGGGUGGGGAAUGCGGGAGUGUCUGACCGGAAAACUUUGAUCUAGGGUGCCCUAUGGGUUGUCCGCCUCUCUCCUAGCCGCACUCAUGGCACACUUAGGCGGCUCUCCGAACACUCGUACAGCUCCCUGAAACACUUAAGGAGAGAGAAGGGAGAUAAAAUGUCCUUCUUCCUGGGUUGUGGUUUGAUUUCUUUGGGGUACAACACCGUGGCUGGGAGUGUGGGAGGGAGAGAACCUGAUCUUCGAGGAAAGUCAGGGUGGAGCCUAAAGCGCUCUAGGAGAAGUGGGGUGCUGAGGCUCGGGCAGCAUGACGACGGAGACCUUCGUGAAGGAUAUCAAGCCCGGGCUCAAGAACCUGAACCUCAUCUUCAUUGUGCUGGAGACAGAUCUGCUCCCUCCAGGCCGAGUGACCAAGACAAAGGACGGGCACGAGGUUCGGACCUGCAAAGUGGCAGACAAAACUGGCAGCAUCAACAUCUCUGUCUGGGACGACGUGGGCAACCUGAUCCAGCCUGGAGACAUUAUCCGGCUCACCAAAGGGUACGCUUCAGUGUUCAAGGGUUGUCUGACGCUGUACACUGGCCGUGGGGGUGAUCUUCAGAAGAUUGGGGAAUUCUGUAUGGUUUAUUCUGAGGUUCCUAACUUCAGUGAGCCAAACCCUGAGUACAGCGCCCAGCAGGCACCCAACAAGACGGUACAGAACGACAGCAGCCCCACGGCUCCCCAGCCUACCACCGGACCCCCUGCCACUUCUACAGCCUCUGAGAGCCAGAACGGGAAUGGACUGAGUGCCCCACCAGGUCCUGGUGGUGGCUCACACUCCCCUCACACUCCCUCCCACCCUCCCAGCACCCGGAUUACCCGAAGCCAGCCCAACCACACGCCUGCUGGCCCUUCUGGCCCUUCCAGCAACCCUGUCAGUAACGGCAAAGAAACCCGGAGGAGCAGCAAGAGAUAGCAAGACAUUCUUCCUCCCUUCCCCCCACCAACUAUAACCCAGGUGUCUGCUAGAGAACAUAGCUUUAUACUGGGCUGCUGGCUUUGGGGAGCAGGGGGGUUGUAGCAGUAUUUUAGCCACUAAACUUCACUGGAGGGGUGGUGAACAGUGGCCUUAUCCACCCUAAGCCCAUACUCCCUUCCUUGUCCAGCUGAAGCUGCCUGUCCCCCGGAAUUCAGGGCCCUCCUUCCUCUGUAGAAACGACAAUUACAGUCUGUUUCUUGUGCGUGUGGAUGUGGAAGUCGAAUUGAAUCCUUUCCUAAUAAACAUUACCAUUCUGUACUA